UUCAUCAGAUAUCAUUUCGUUACGCGCUUUAAUCUGUUUCUGUCUUUCAGCUCCCAAAAAGCAAAAGAAAUUUUCUGCUUUCUCUCUCUAAAUCUUUCUGCUCUCUCUAUAUCUUCCCGUCUGUCUCUCCCUCUUCAGAAAAUGGAAGCUGCUCCAACCCGGAUGGAUAGGAAAUCAUCGAUAGAAACCGAGCCAAGAACGUUGCGGAUAGACCAAAUUAAAUUUGCAAGGGUACCGUUCUAAUCUUUUCUGGGUUUUUGGGAAAUGCAUAUGCUCCUUAGCAAGGAUAUCUCAUUUCAGGAGGCAGCCAAGUAUGUGGUGAAUACAAAGAAUAUAGAAGAAGCAAUGAGCAUUUUCACAGAGGGUUUGGAACCAGUAGCUAGUUCAAUCAAGCAAAAUGGUGAUGAAACGAUGAUAGAUUCAGUUGAGGAACCCGAGUACUCGGAUGAUUAUUUCAUAAGACCACGAGGACCCCAGGAUGUUGUCUCAGCUCCUUUUUAGCUGCCGGUUCACUCUUAUAAUUUAAUUACUGCAGGUGUUUUGGAUGUAAAAUUUUGUACAGGAUAUGGAUUUUUUUUGUUUUUCUUUUUCGUUCAGUCGGUUUUUUGUGUGACUUGUUCUUCAUACGAUUCCGAGAAAGUUUUGAAUUGAUUGUUUUCCUAAA